CCUCACUCCUAUUUUUCUGUACUUUUGUUAACCAAACAUAUUGAAGCCGCCGGUGAUGAUAAAUGGGUAAAACAACGAGGUGGCUCCGCUCUCUUUUCGCCGGUAAAAAGUCUGUUUCCAGAAAACAACUACCGGAAAACCAACCAUCAUGUGCUGGUGUGGGUUUGUAUUCAAAAUCAGGAGAUGACAACAAACAUGCUAUAGCAGUGGCGGCUGCCACGGCUGCGGUAGCCGAGGCGGCGCUGGCGGCGGCUCAUGCGGCAGCGGAGGUUGUAAGACUGACAAGUGGUGGUGGUGUUGGUGGUAACAGGGGGUUUUACGACGCUGAGCGGCUGAAGGGUGUGGCGGCUGUGAAGAUACAAGCGGCAUUUCGGGCUUACUUGGCUAGGAAAGCAUUGAGGGCACUUAAAGCAUUGGUGAAACUUCAAGCACUUGUACGAGGACACAUUGUGCGAAAACAGAGCGCAGACAUGCUUCGACGAAUGCAAGCCAUGGCCCGUCUCCAGGCUCAGGCACUCGCUAACCGGGCUUACUUGUCAUCGUCACCACAUUCAAGCAUCAAGUCCUCUCGGUCCCACCGCCAUCCUCGAUCUAUUUCGAUGUCAAACUUUAAAGAUUCUUUUGGCCAAGAACGACAGCAUCGUAACGGGCCAAACUGGUUAGAGAACUGGAUGGAAGAUAACUCUUGGACGAGUAACUGUGACGAUAAAAGUGAUAAGAUUCUUGAAGUGGAUACUUGGAAGCCAAGAAAUAGCUCCACUCCAACUAAACCAAUUAAACAUAAAAAACCGAGUGUGGCCCGAGUUGCAAGCGACAUCUCCUCAUUUGAGUCAGAUUGGGGGAGAGAGAAACCAGCCCGACCAAAGUCUGCAUCCUCCAGGCGUAGCCGAAGCCCAUUUGCUCCAUCUGAUCGGGCUGAAUACCCACAGGCCCCAUUGGGCUACUACCCGAGCCACCCUAACUACAUGGCCAACACAGAGUCAUCUCAAGCGAGGGUGCGGUCAUUCAGUGCUCCAAGGCAGAGACGAUAUUCGGGUCAUUCAGAUACCAAGUCUGAGAGAAGUUUCCGUAAGUAGGGUGGUUAACGGUUAACCAAAAUGGCGUGCGUUGGUUUGGUUUUGACAUUAUGGUUGGUGUCUUGUAUAGUAACCUUAAUUGUGAUAUGGGUUUAACGUGUUUGUUUUAUUGUUUUUGAUUUGGGUGAUGUAAAUAGACGGUAUAUUUAUUAACUAA